AUGACUAAUCGCUUUGUAUCUUACUAAUUUCAUUUGAAUGUAGUUGGAGAAUCUAAAAUAAAAAGCGAAAUAGGAAAUCAGUAAUUCAAUGAGUAAAUUAAAUAAAAUAAAAUAAUUAAAGAUAGUGAGCUAAAUUUAUUAAAUACAAAAUCAAUUUAAAGUAGUCCAAACUAAAUCUAAAAUAUAAUCAAUAAUUAGAGUAAUGAUAACUAUGAUGAAAUAGAUGAAAACAUUUAUUAAGGAAUAAAAUCCAUGACUGAAUACGAAAAGAAUUUAUUUGAUGAUUUGAAUGUAUCAGAAUUAGGUUAAACUUUAGCAAAGUGCACUAAUCUCUAAAAUUUGAUACUUAAUCUUAGUGACAAUAAAAUUAGUGCAAUUGGUGCAUCAAACUUAGGCUCUUCUAUAGCAAACUGUACUAAUCUUUAAAAUUUGAAGCUUUAUCUCAAUAAUAAUGAAAUUGGUACAAUCGGUGCGUCAGGGUUAGUUUCUGCUUUAGCAAAAUUCACUAAUCUCUCAGAAUUGACACUUAAUCUCGAGUAAAAGCAGUUUAUUGGUUUUAGAUCGUGA